AAUGUGAAUGUGAUCUCUAUCAUACUGAACAUGGUGAUAUUUGGUCAUUCAUUGUAACGGCUGUACAGCAGAUGCAGUAGUUUAUCUGCACAUCAUACAACAGAACACAAUUCUGAUAAAGUCAUCCAACCAAACUGCAGCUGAAUAUAAUCUCCAUCUGAUUCCACAAGUAAAAUCCACACAAUAACUCUGUAGUAGUGUGAGAAUGACAGUAAGAUUGGGGAAAUGUGGUAAAGGUGUUUCCAUACUUAGAGGACACUUUGCAUUGGCAGCACAUGCUUCAGUGAUCUGGGAGUGUUUAUAGUGCUGUGACUUUAACACUUCAUGACUGAGAGCUGCUGCUACAGCAACUUCACCCACAGCUACCAUGACUACCAUGAUCCCCGUCUUCAUCUGGACACUGAUCCUCUGGACUCAAGAAUGCAGAGGUCAAGCCACAGUAACUCAGACUCCUGCAGUGAAAUCUGUUCUUCCAGGAGAAACAGUCACCAUCAACUGUAAAACCAGUCAGGCAGUGGCUGGUGGUAACUACUUACACUGGUAUCAGCAGAAACCUGGAGAAGCUCCUAAAUUCUUGAUUAAGCUCGCAAAUCAGAGACAGUCAGGUUUUCCAGCUCGUUUCAGUGGCAGUGGAUCUGGAUCUGAUUUCACUCUGACCAUCAGUGGAGUCCAGACUGAAGAUGCAGGAGAUUACUACUGUCAGAGUUACCAUUCAAUCACUGGCUACUGGAUCACUUUUGGUGGAGGAACAAAACUGUCUGUGGGCCGUGACACCCAGCCCAGUGUGACAGUGCUGCCCCCCUCCAGUGUGGAGCUGCAGCAGGAGAAGGUCACACUCGUGUGUGUGGCCUACAAGGGCUUCCCCUCGGACUGGAAGUUGAGCUGGAAGGUUGACGGCAGCAGCUCGAGCUCGGGGGAGAGCCGCAGCGCCGCCGUUCUGAACGCGGACGGCCUCUACAGCUGGAGCAGCACGCUGAGCCUCCACCCGGAUCAGUGGAGGAACAAGGUGGUGACCUGUGAGGCCUCCAAAGACAACCAACCUACUGUGAGUGUCAUUGUGUCGUAUCACAUCCUCCAACUCAGCACCUGCAGUCGCUCCCAGCUGCAGCAGUUCAGUCUCUCUACAAUCUGACUGAGGGAGGUUUUUGUACGACUCUAUAACACUGUGUGAACCAGUAGCCAGUGA